UUGCAAAUUUCCCCCUCAGCAGCGUGGCCAGCCCAGGAGCACCCCAGCCUUUCUCAGGCAGCGACAGCGGUCAGGGAGAAGACCAGACGUCCCUGCCUAUCACGAGCCUUUCCCCCUCAGCCACGGUUGCAGCCUCCGCCGCGGACGCCUGCCUCGCCGCGGGCCCCCUCUGCCCAGUUUGACGGCGCAACAGGACGAAGAGGGACGCAGCCCGAAGGCUGAGGGGCGAGCCCGGCACCGACCUCUUCCCUCUCCCAACAGCGCAGGCAGAGUCCUGGGCUGGAAAGAGUCAUGACAGCUGAAAAGACUAUUCCUAUAAUUAAUGGCAAGCCAGAUGAUGCUCUGGACCCGGAAGCCUCAAGUACCAACUUGGUCCACAGCAACGAUAAGAAAGUGCAUGAAAGAGGCCACUGGAACAAUAAGGUUGAAUUUAUGCUUUCUGUGGCCGGGGAGAUUAUUGGGCUGGGAAACGUGUGGCGAUUCCCGUAUCUCUGCUACAAAAAUGGAGGAGGUGCUUUUCUCAUACCCUAUGUGAUUUUCUUUAUUUGCUGUGGAAUACCAGUGUUUUUCCUGGAAACUGCCUUGGGACAGUUCACUAGCGAAGGAGGCAUUACAUGUUGGAGGAAAGUUUGUCCACUGUUUGAAGGUAUCGGAUAUGCUACCCAGGUUAUUGAGGCACAUUUGAAUGUUUACUACAUCAUCAUUUUAGCAUGGGCCAUCUUCUAUUUGUUUAACUGCUUUACAACAGAGCUCCCCUGGGCAACCUGUGGGCAUGAAUGGAAUACAGAACACUGUGUAGAAUUUCAAAAAAUUAAUAUGACCAACUGUUCUCAAGAAUAUUUGCAGAAUGCUACUUCUCCAGUCAUGGAAUUUUGGGAACGCAGGGUGUUGGCCAUAUCUGAUGGAAUUGAACACAUUGGGAAUCUUCGCUGGGAGCUGGCACUAUGUCUUUUGGCAGCCUGGACUAUUUGCUAUUUUUGCAUAUGGAAAGGAACCAAGUCAACUGGCAAGGUUGUAUAUGUAACAGCUACAUUCCCUUAUGUCAUGCUCUUGGUACUGCUGGUUCGAGGAGUAACACUACCUGGGGCAUCUGAAGGGAUAAAAUUCUACUUGUACCCUGACCUAUCGCGACUUUCUGACCCACAGGUCUGGGUGGAUGCUGGAACACAAAUAUUUUUCUCUUAUGCCAUCUGCCUGGGGUGCUUGACAGCCUUAGGGAGCUACAACAACUACAAUAACAACUGCUACAGAGACUGCAUUAUGCUCUGUUGCUUGAACAGUGGAACAAGCUUUGUGGCUGGUUUUGCCAUCUUUUCUGUCCUUGGCUUUAUGGCAUAUGAGCAGGGAGUGCCCAUAGCAGAAGUUGCAGAAUCAGGACCCGGGCUUGCUUUCAUUGCUUACCCAAAAGCUGUAACAAUGAUGCCUCUUUCUCCAUUAUGGGCAACUUUGUUUUUCAUGAUGCUGAUAUUCCUUGGUUUAGAUAGUCAGUUUGUGUGUGUUGAAAGUCUUGUGACAGCCGUGGUAGAUAUGUACCCAAAGGUUUUCCGGAGGGGAUACAGACGAGAGCUGUUGAUUCUUGCUCUUUCGAUUGUAUCAUUCUUCCUUGGUCUAAUCAUGUUAACGGAGGGUGGAAUGUAUGUUUUCCAGUUGUUUGAUUCCUACGCAGCCAGUGGAAUGUGCCUUCUUUUCGUUGCUAUAUUUGAAUGCGUCUGCAUUGGCUGGUUUUACGGAAGCAAUCGUUUCUAUGACAACAUUGAAGAUAUGAUUGGGUACAGACCACUGGCAUUAUUUAAAUGGUGUUGGAUGUUUCUCACUCCUGGCAUUUGCGCUGGAAUCUUCAUCUUUUUCCUGGUGAAAUACAAGCCUUUGAAAUACAACAACGUUUAUACAUACCCAGACUGGGGUUAUGGCAUUGGGUGGAUGAUGGCUCUCUCCUCCAUGGUUUGCAUUCCUUUGUGGAUCUGUAUUCAAUUGUGGAAGACAGAAGGAACUAUCUUAGAGAGAUUUAGAAAGUUGAUUGUGCCCAGCCCAGACCUGAAGAUGAGAGGGAAAUGUGGAGCAUAUGCUGCUACAGUAAAUGACUGCGAUGCCAAACUGAAAGGUGAUGGCAACAUUUCAGCCAUCACAGAAAAAGAGACGCACUUCUGAAAGAACUUUCUUCUUCUUCCAUUGUUGUUGUUUUUUGUAUAAAUAAAUAAGUAAAUAAAUAAAUUAAAUACUUCACUUAAUUAUAGAGGCCAGCUUGUU